AUGAUACGAGUGGAAGAAAGUCGUAUAAAAUCAUAUUUAACUAUGUACAAAUUUCCUGAAAAUACAAAAAAAGAAAUUAUAAAAACAUUAAAUUAUUAUCAUGGACUCAUUUGUAAUUUUGAGACUUUUUUGUUUUCAAAUAGAAUUGAAAAGAAAUUAGUUAAUUUGAGUGGUACUGUUCCUGUUACAUUUAAAGGUACCACUUAUCACAUUCCAAUUUGUAUUUGGCUAAUGGAUACACAUCCAAAUAAUGCACCAAUUUGUUAUGUGAAACCUACACCGGAAAUGCGAAUUAAAAUGUCAAUGUAUGUUGAUCACAACGGUAAAAUUUACUUACCAUAUUUACACAACUGGACUCCGACUACGUCCAAUCUUCUUGAUUUAAUUGGAAUAAUGACGGCAACUUUCUCAGAAACACCACCUGUAUAUUCAAUUAAUAGAACUGAACAACCAGUAAACCCUGGUUAUCCUACUCAAAUGUCAUAUGGCGGAACUGGUUCAAACGUGAUGUUGCCAUAUUCUUCAAUACCAACACAAUCUACUGCUACUUCUAAUCCUUCCACAGCGUACCAUGGAAGUUCUAAUACUCCUUAUCCUUUGUAUAAUAAUCAGUUCCCGACACCUCCUUAUCCAACAGGUUCAGCAAAUACAUCAAAUUUUCCUCCCUAUACUCCACCAUACACAACACAAAAUUCUUCUCAAAACUGUCCAUACCCUCAGCAACCUGCACAAAUCAGACCAGAAUAUCCUCCUUACCCAUCAACUACUAGUAAUUUGCCUAAUCCUUCUACAGGGUUGAAUGAUGGUGGUACAAUAACAGAAGAACAUAUCAAAGCCUCUUUGUUAUCUGCUAUUGAAGAUAAAGUACGAAGACGCUUCAACGAACAAAUGGCCCAGAAUAAAGCCGAAUUAGAUAUAUUGCAACAUUCUCAACGAGAAUUAUCACAAGGAAAAAAUAAAUUAGACUCUAUUCUGACAAGUCUCAAUAAAGAAAAGUCUGAAUUAGAACAAAACAUUCAAGUAUUGCGUGAUAAAGAAAUAGAACUUGAAAUGGCUAUAUCCAAGUUAUCCAAAGAAGAUAAUAUUGAUAUUGAUGAUGCUGUAACAACAACUGCGCCUCUUUAUAAACAAAUAUUGAAUUCAUUUGCUGAAGAAGCCGCUACCGAAGAUGCAAUUUAUUAUAUGGGAGAAGCACUAAGAAGAGGAGUGAUUGAUCUAGAAGUAUUUCUGAAACAAGUACGUUCACUGUCCCGAAAACAAUUUAUGUUACGGGCUUUGAUGCAACGAUGCAGGCAUAAGGCUGGUCUAGUGGCUUAA